UUCCAGAAUCGGUAAGUGACGCGGCACGGAACAACAAAAGCCACUUUUACGCCACGUCUGGCAACGAGCAGUUGGCACACGCAAGUCAAAUUUGCUACGACAACGGUGACUAGGCAGGGGGACUUUAUAUACAAGAAAGAAACAAUAAAUAACAUAUUUUUAAUAUGAUAUUGAAAAAUAUGCUGAAUUAGACAGAUUUCUUUUGAUGACCAUACAGUUCAUUUAUGCGAUAUCUUACCAACAUAUACGUUAAUUAUAAUAAUUUAUUCACGAGACACACUUUGUGUACUUUCAAUGGCGAAGUAGUAUAUACAUUAUACAGUAUAUUGAUAGCCAUUUGAAUACAGCUUGCUGCGAUACAGAAAUUAACAAGUAAAUUGAACGUAUUUUCUACCGCGAAUUGAAAUAAAAAUGGCUAGCAGAUGGAAAAUUUUCGGCUUGCUGAUGUACAAAAAUUUAAUAAUACGCAAAAGGCAUUGGCGUAUGACAAUAUUCUUACAAGCUUUAGUACCCAUUGCAUUAGUUGCGUUACUGCAAGCUAUAAGAGAGUUCAACGUUAAAUCGCCAGUUGCGGUAAACGUUAGCACGCUUUAUCCUGUACAAACACAACAGGAUUUAAUGCGAAAAAUUGAUAAUGAUAAACAUCAAGUGCAUUAUGUGCCAAAAAAUGCACAUACAGACAAGAUUAUGUUUUCCGUCAGAAAAUGUAUUGAUAGACUUCAGCCUGACAACAUCAAAGGUUUUACUAAUGAGACUGAAAUGAUGAAUACUUACGUACGUUACCAGAAACAAAAUCCGUUUCUUACUGUAGUGGGAGUUGUUUUUGAACAAUAUAACAAACUUACGUUAAAAUAUAAAUUGAGGCAUUCACGGACGAUUCCAAAUAAUUUGUACAAAAGUUUAUCAGAGUUCAUUAACCUUUGGAGAAUGUCACCUACUAUAUAUUUCGAAAACAUUCCACUUGCUCAAGUUCAGAUUUGUGUAGACGAAGCGUUUAUAAAAAAAACAGCAACAAAUUCCAAUGUUAAG